ACUACCUUCUUCUUCCUUCUUCUUCCAACCACUUUCACGCUAGCCAACACUCUUGUUAAGAAAACAACAACAGCGCCCUUUGCCUCUUAUACAACUCCUCUACCGUGCACACACCCAUCCAUACUCUUACAACCCCACGAAUCUACCCUUGACUUGUAUUCCCCAACCUGAUAAAUCUAUGCGCCAUCUGUCCAUUGAACUACUUGAACUCAUUGCCGAAAACUGCCAGUCCUCUAAAGAUAUAUCCCAGCUCUCCCGCGUGAAUCAGCAGCAUCAUGCCGCUGCCAUCCGAUCUCUCUUCCACACCGUUGCCAUCAAGACCCCUCAGCAGUACGCCGCAUUCCUGGGCCACAGAGAUUUAUUCCGAAAGAGAGGCUGGCUGAAGCAUGUACGCUGUCUCGACCUUUCAAGCUACUCCGCACGCGGUUCCGGAUGGACCGAAGCCAAAGCCAAGGCGAUUGUCGAGCCACACUCGCUGGCCCAAUUACUCAUCGAUUGCGUCAAUCUUACCCAACUGUACGUCGGAGAAGAGAUGAUGCAGGCCUUUGUCGAGCCGAUUGUGAUCAGGGCUAUCUUUAACGGCCAUCCAAGACUGGAGGUGCUGGAUUUCACGGGUUUCUGUGACCGCAAGUUUACCGAUGCGAUGGCUCAUGUGUUUAGCGGCGACGGUAGCAACAAGAAGAACAAGAAGGAUGGCGACGAGCUCCUGCUUGCCAUGGACGAGGAUGAGGAUCUGCUUGAGCUGGAGUCCCAGCUGCCGGAAAACACGGUGAUGCCGCCCCGAUUGAACCGGAUAUCAUUCUACAUGUGCAUGGCGCUGUCCCAAUCCUCAUUCUUCAUCCCAUUCUUUGGACAGCUCGCCAAGAACGAGCUCACCCGCCUCGAUUUGGCCAACACCAAGAUCACAAGCGAGCUGUUCAACCAUCUCGACCCGACCUCGCUCACCCACCUCAACCUGCAAGGAUGCCACGGUAUCAGCUGCUGCUCAGCCUUUCUGCCAUUCCUCAGCCAGGCCAAGGAUCUGAUCGAGCUCAACCUCAACAUGAGUUUCAACGGGAUUGGCGGAUCGAACUUUUGCUCCGAGUGCCUGGCUCAUUUGGUGUCCAUGGAUAUGCCACGGCUCCGAACACUCAAUUUGGGCGGCCAUGGUAACAUGGAUGACCACGUGCUUUCAAACUUUUGUGAGGCCAAUGCGCGUCGCUUAGAAUACUUUUCGCUUGCAUCCACCAAGCAGGUUACCGUUGAUGCCCUGCUCAAGCUGCUGGGUCGCAUGCCGCAGCUCAAGUACCUGAACCUGGCCCACACUUGGUUCGCCUUGGAUCUCAAAUACCUUGUCUGCGUCCUCCAGAGCACGCACACGGAUAAAAGGCACCCCGGCAUCUAUGCUGAUUUGAAGGUCAUCGAGGUUAGCCCCGGCAAUAGCCGCUAUCCACAACAGAUUCAAGAGUGGAAGCUAGUGCAUCAUGGCCGACGCUCGUACUACAGCCGAGGCCAAGUCGACCCCCGCUUUUAUUAUUCCAACAAGCUGUUGCUUUUGGACCAGAUACCCUCUUCACCAAUGACAAAGUACUGGAGCUACUCAAACUGAUCUCUUGUUUAGUCAUUCCCUACCACACAUUCAUGCAUUUUGCGUUUCAUUUAUACAUAUUUUUUUCUUCAUAGCACAUUCUCAUCCACUACAUCAUCCUUUCUUUCUUUUGUUUGCAUUCUUUCUUUCUCCUUGAGCUGGUAACAGUAACUUAAUAAUAAUAUACUCAAAAACAAUAAUAAAAAAAUGGCUUUGUUCAUUUUAAUCGUCUAA